AUGCAAAUGGCUUUUUAAAGAAUAUCUAACGAGUUAUUGACCCAAUUUUCUGACUUUUUGACAGAGCAGGAAGAAAUGUUGAAUAGUAAUACAUUUCAUCAAGUUCAAAAUGCUGCAAGCUACUGGUCAUUCAACAAAAAAUUCCACAAAGAUGGUCUAUUUCAGCAAGUUAUCAAUGAUAUUGAUUCUUAAAUUAUCUAUUGUUGUGCACUCUGUACCGGAAUCAGCAUACCAAGUAAACACAUUGUUUUCUGUGUCUAUUGAUAAUUUUCCUCUGAGGAAUAUUGAGUUUGACGAUCAAAGCGGCUCAUUCCUUGUUAGUGGGAAAAAUGUCCUUUAUAAAUUCGAUACGGGAAAGUCUAGUCCGACAGUGACAAAAGUAACUGGCCCAAACUAUACUUGCUUUUCCGAAUCGGAACUGAACAAAAAGUACUGUGGAGACGAUGAGAAUAUAGUUAUGAUUGCGACUUCUGAUAGUCUUAUAACGUGUGGUACUCUCUAUGGUGGAAUAUGUGUAAAGAGGGAAAAAUCGACUUUAAAUGAGGAGUAUUUAAGCUAUGUAUAUCUUGUGUCUAAUACAACAGUAUCUGCUCUGGGAAAAUUAGUUAACAUUACGUUGCGAAAUGAGAAACAACAAAAACAGUUGCUUUUAUUUGCAAAAGCUCAAACCGACCUACCACCAUAUUCACCAGUUGAUCUAGACCGAGUCCUUAUAUAUACUGUUUCUACAAACCUAAAAGGAGGUUAUUCUUACAGUAGUAAUAAUCUGAGAAGUGCCAACAUUUUUGACUUGUUAUUGAAAUGGGAUUUUAAAAGUAACACAACCGUUUCCCACAGAGCAAUAUUUGAAAAUGACAAAUUUGUCUUCCUUUUGUCCAACCAAAAUUUAGAGGGUAAAUUAGCCAAAUUGUGUAAAACGAUUGAUGAAAGGAAACCUAAAAAGGUAUAUGAAAACAUUCCAAUUUACUGCAAAGAUGACAAUGAAAAUUUUACAAGAGCUGUCUAUGGAAAGUUUGUCAUUUUAUCAAGACAGCGUUAUCUCGUCACUGCAUUCUCAAAUUCUGCAGAAAAUUAUGCUCUCUGUAUAUUUUCGGAGUCUGAGCUUUACGAUGCCUUCUUAAGGUCAAGGCGACACAGAUUUGGAUGCCCAAAACACGAUCUUAAACCCGCUGAUAUGAUUUUUGGCACAACUUUAAAUUUGGGUGGGUGUGUAAACAUGUCUUUGGGACAAAAUGAGGAACCUUUACCUGGCAUAUAUGAUGCCAUCAACAUGGGGGAAUUUUGUAAUGAUGUAGCGAAUGGGAUACCGCAAUUUGGGACAAUAAUUGGAUUAUUACGGAAUAGAUUAAUCCACUCUUCCACAUAUUUGGACGAGGCACUUCAAGUCCACUACAUAGAAGACAUAAAGAUUGACAAUACCAGGAUAAAAUCUAUAUCUAAUGUGAAUGGAAUACCUAUAGUGCUGACAGAAAAUAAGAUCGUCAACAUAACUUCAGCAGGGUGUGAAAAGUUUGUUGGAAGCUGUAAGGAUUGUAUGCGAGCUAAAUCUGCUCAAUGUGGAUGGUGUAUAUCAACAGAAAGUUGCAGUGAAAGAAUGGCGUGUAAAAAUUACCCAAAUUUUUGGCUUCCUUCUUUAAAGAACCAAUGUUUGGCGAUUGACUUAAAUAGAAGUGCAAUUGAAGUUGAUUUAUAUCAAAAAUCGAACGUGACUGUGAAUUUUAUCCCUUCAAUUACAUCUACAAGAGAUAUGAAGUGUCUCAUGGAAGAAAUGUAUCUUCUGUCAUUUCAAGAGAAAGACAUUUUGAAAUGUUUGAUUGAUUUUAGUGUGAUUAACCCAGUUGAUACUGGAGAAAAACAAAUAAAAAUUUCAUUGGGGGAAAAUAUUAUUGCCGUUACUAAUAUUUUGCUUUAUCGAUGCUCAGAUAGGAAAAGCUGCUGGGAUUGUACGAAAAAUAAGAAUACUAGAUGUUAUUGGUGUCCUUCUGAUGCAAGGUGUUCAAAUACUACAGCCAAAUGUAGUAAUAUGAUUUCUUUUUACCUUAUGAAGUCGUGCCCAGUGAUCCUUAACAGUACACAGCAGAUUCCAUCUGGAAGCAUCCUCAACAUUUCUUUUCAAGGAAAUGCUUUACAGAGUGAUUUAGCAUACCAGUGCUUAAUCGACGAGAAAACCUUCAAAUCAUCAUGGGACAUUAUAAGUAAUUCACUCAUUUGUGAGAAUAUACAGAUAUCUUACAUUGAAAAGACACCAACAAAAGAAUUCAAAGUUCUUUUCAAAUAUGGUUCCAGUCUCCCAUUGGUUACGCUAAAUUCAUUUGAAAAGGCAACAGUGCUAUCAGCUUAUAAGUGUGAAUACCUUUCUCCUGAUGCGUCAGACUGUAGUAAAUGCCAGUACUUAAAGUUUUUCAAUGGAUAUAACUGUGUUUGGUGUGGGGAAACCAAUGGUUGUGUGAAUAAUGAGAAAUGUACAAAACCACAAAUCUGCCCAGCACCCGUAAUAACAAAGAUUCACCCUAGAAAUGGUCCCAUAAAUGGAGGAACAGUAAUUAGAAUUGAAGGGAAGAAUCUAGGAUUAUCAAUAUUAGAUAUCCAAAGCGUUUUUGUCGUCGGACGAAACUGUUCUAACAUCAAAUUUAUAAAUCAAAGUAUUUGGUGUACAACUGGUGAUGUAAAUGAUACAAUUAGUGGUGAUGUGAUGGUAAAAGUUUCUGGACUUUGGUCCGUAACAACUGUGAAGUUUGCCUAUAAGGAACCGAAGUUAACUGGCAUCUCUCCUACGUCUGUAAUAAAAUCUGGUGGAAGUUCCAUACAAAUACAUGGCCAGGACCUUGAUAUUGGAAACAGAAAUUAUGAAGUUACCUUAUCACACUCACGAGAAUCUGUAUCAUGUACCAUAGACGUAAAAGCCUCCGCCAAUGGAACGAUUGCUUGUGAGCCAGGAAAAUUUUUCAGUUUAGGACAGCAUUUCGUCAAAGUUGUGUUCGAUUUAAAUACUACGAAGACAUUAGAAGGAAAGUUUUUAUAUGUACUUCCUGAUCCUUCUAUAUAUGGAACGAUUCCUCCAUUAAAGGAUCUGAGAAGUAUUGAAAGUGGAGGACUUGCUUUCCAUGUUAUUGGCCAGGGAUUUGUUGAUGUCAUACAAAAUAUUUACACCAGUCUAUCAGAGACUAGUAUGAAUGGACAACAAUGCAUAAGAAAUAAUUCAGGAGUUUUGAAAUGUGAAUUUCCAGCCAUGAAAGAUCACAGAACGUCCCAUCAAAGAAGUAAAAGAGACAUAUCACUUCAGACAAUUGUUAUAUAUUUAGAUGGCUUUAAGGAAGUCAUAUCCAGAGAGAUUUUUUAUGUGAGCGAUCCUGUUUUCUACCCACUGAAUGAAAACCGCUCCUUUGAAUAUGAACCAUCAACCGAAAACAUCACGAUAAAGGGUCGUGAUAUGAAUAUCGUUACAAGCUUACACCAUUACUCUGUAUAUGUUGGAGGGAAAAAAUGUUCAGUUCUUCAAUUGGAAAGAGACUCAUUGACAUUUAUACCUCCAUCACAAGAACCGACUCCCCUUCUGCAUGAGGACAGGACUUUUGUUAGGGUUCGAGUGGGAAACAUUAACACGGUAGUUGGUCAUCUUCAGUAUCCUGUCAGUGACCACGUGACUUCUUCUUCCGGUGCUGUUGUGUAUAUUAUCUUAGCUAGUUUGGUGGUACUGUCCAUUAUAAUCAGUCUCAGUAUUGCACUUAUUUUUUUCCGCCGUAGAAAAAAGAACAAUUUGAAAAAGACACGCUCUAAUGCAGCACCGAUGGACAAUAUCGAAAGAAUUCCAGGUUAUGACAUAUUGCUACCAAAAGAUUCAGGCAAUGAAACGGGAGUGUUUGAGACUCAUGUCAAUGAGAAUACCUUAUUCUUACUUCAAAAUAAUGGUCUUCUUAUUUCAAAACAGAAUCUUGACAAACAGUCUGAGAUAGGAAGAGGAAAUUUUGGAAUUGUAUACGAGGGAACCUUAGUAGACACAGCUACAGAUUCUCGUAUCAAAGUUGCUAUGAAGACAUUACAUCAUAACACUGCUAGUGAAGUAGACGUUGAUAACUUCCUAGACGAGGCCAUACGGAUGCAUGAAUUCAACCACCCCAACGUCAUGACAUUGCUAGGGAUUUGUCUUUCAAUGGAUGUUUGUCCUUUGGUUGUUUUACCCUUUAUGAAGCAUGGGGAUCUUCUUCGAUACUUACGUGAUGACACAAAUAUUUUGACACUUAGAAAGUUGGUGGAAUAUGGUACUGAUAUCGCGAAGGGAAUGGAAUAUCUAUCCAACAAGAAAAUUGUUCACCGAGAUCUUGCAGCAAGGAAUUGCAUGUAAGACAAGUUUUAGUAGGAAUUAUAAUAAUUAU